AACAGAAAAGGCAGUUUUUAAAUAUAGAUGAUUUAUUUACUAAUGAUCUGAGUUCGGUAAAUGGUCGAUUGGGACGUGAGGAAGGAGCCGUCAGUGCGAAGUGAAAUGCCUGAGAUUAAACUGAAACAUGUGGUGUCCUGCAGCAGUGAGGACAGUACACAUAAAGCAGAUAACCUUCUGAGUUCAGAGACGUACAGGAAGUGGAAAUCUGCUCAUCCUGGAGAGAAGCAGGUUUCAGUUAUCCUGCAGUUUGAGAAGGAGGAGCAGGUCCACAGUAUUGACAUUGGGAACGAAGGAUCAGCCUUUAUUGAAGUUCUUGUUGGACACUCAACCUCUAUUAAAGACCAGGAUUUCGAGGUGUUGUUGGUGACAUCGUCGUUCAUGUCUCCCUCUGAGAGUCGAGGGAAUUUGAAUCUGAACCGUGUGCGAUUUUUCAGCCCUCAGCAGCUAGUGAAGAGCACAAGUCAGGAGAAAUGGGACAGAGUAAAGAUCGUGUGUACACAACCCUACAACAAGAGCAUUGCCUAUGGAGUGGCGUUUAUAAAGUUUCAUUCUCCACCGGAUAACGACAGUCCUGCUUCUACACCACCUAAUUUGACUAAACUGGGUCAGUUCCGGUUGAAGGAUGAGUCUCAGUCUUCUGGGUCAAACCUGCAACCAGGGAGUCUGUUCCUGAACCGAGAGAGUAAAGACAGUAAAGGAGUGAAAAUUUCUCCUAAAAGCAGUACACUGAGUUAUGCAACAGCAGCACUACAGGCAGAGCCAUCGACUUCAAGCUCCGCCCCCACCAGCUCACCACAGUCGGCUGUAUCGGUGAAGAGAAAGUUUGAGUUCAGUAAAGAGAGACAGGAUGCCCCUCCUCCCCCUGCCAAGAAACACACACGUCCACCUAAACCCAUUACCCCCAAUUCUGAGCACACGUCCCCCAGCACAAAAACAGCAUCUAUUUCCCAGAAGACCCCAGUGCAGAAGUCCUCUGUGAAGCCCCGCCCCCUGGCCUCAGAACCAGUCCCCUUCUGCCAAAUCAUGGAGGGCGUAGUGUUUGUGCUGAGUGGAUUUCAGAACCCGUUCCGUGCAGAACUCAGAGACAAGGCUGUGUCCAUGGGGGCACGGUACCUACCGGACUGGACCCCAGACUCCACUCACCUCAUAUGUGCCUUUUCUAACACCCCUAAGUACAGUCAGGUGAAGGCAGCAGGGGGGCUGAUAGUUCGGAAGGAGUGGGUGAUCGACUGUCACAAGAGGAAAAAGAAAAUCUCUUACAAACGGUAUCUGAUGGAUGGAGCAGAGUCCAGCUCUGAGGAUGAGAUGGAUGACAUCAGUGUUGAGGAGCAGACACACGACGAGGGGGAAAUAAAAAAGAGUCCUGAAAAGAGACACAACACCACCACAACAUCUGUGACAGAGGAGAAGCAAGAUGUGUGGAUGGACGAGCGAGAAGAGGAAGAUGAUGAUGGAUCAGGCGUGGACACUGAGGAGGAGCUGAGAAGAGUGGAGAAGAGGAGAGGAGAGAAAGCAGGACAGCAGAACAGAGGAAGAGGAGGAGGACAGGAGUCAGAAGACGACCCGUAUGGCGGCUCAACAGAUGAGAACACAGAUGCAGAAGAAGAGGAAGACAAACCCAUACCUGAUCUACCAGAUUUUCUGACAGGAAAGAGGUUUUAUAUGUAUGGGACAUUUCCAGAGAACCAGAGACGUUUGCUGCAGCGUUACAUCAUUGCCUAUAACGGUGUUGUGGAGGACUACAUGAAUGAGAAGGUCCAGUUUGUGAUCACCAGUCAGGGAUGGGACGACACCUUCGAGGACUCAGACCUCAGCGUCCACAUGUUGGACGUGGGAGAAAUACACAGCUGUGAAGACAUAGCUGACUUUGUCGAGAGUGGGAACUGAAACAGGGCCUGUGUGUGGAGUGCUGGUCAGUGCAGGUCGUCCUGGUCAGUGCAGGUCGUCCUGGUCAAUGCUGGUCGUCCUGGUCGUCCUGGUCGUGCAGGUCAGUGCUGGUCGUGCAGGUCAGUGCUGGUCGUGCAGGUAGUCCUGGUCAGUGCUGAUCGUCCUGGUCAAUGCUGGUCGUGCAGGUCAGUGCUGGUAGUCCUGGUCAAUGCUGGUCGUGCAGGUCAGUGCUGGUAGUCCUGGUCAUGCUGGUCAGUGCUGGUAGUCCUGGUCAGUGCUGAUCGUCCUGGUCGUGCAGGUCAGUGCUGGUCGUGCAGGUCAGUGCUGGUCGUGCAGGUCAGUGCUGAUCGUGCAGGUCGUCCUGGUCAAUGCUGGUCGUCCUGGUCGUGCAGGUCAGUGCUGGUCGUGCAGGUCAGUGCUGGUCGUGCAGGUCGUCCUGGUCAGUGCUGAUCGUGCAGGUCGUCCUGGUCAGUGCUGAUCGUCCUGGUCAUGCUGGUCGUGCAGGUCAGUGCUGGUCGUGCAGGUCAGUGCUGGUAGUGCUGGUAGUCCUGGUCAGUGCUGAUCGUGCAGGUCAGUGCUGGUAGUCCUGGUCAUGCUGGUCAAUGCUGGUAGUCCUGGUCAGUGCUGAUCGUCCUGGUCAAUGCUGGUCGUCCUGGUCAUGCAGGUCAGUGCUGGUCGUGCAGGUCGUCCUGGUCAGUGCUGGUCGUGCAGGUCAGUGCUGGUCGUGCAGGUCAGUGCUGAUCGUGCAGGUCGUCCUGGUCAAUGCUGGUCGUCCUGGUCAUGCAGGUCAGUGCUGGUCGUGCAGGUCAGUGCUGGUCAUGCAGGUCGUCCUGGUCAGUGCUGAUUGUCCUGGUCAUACAGGUCAGUGCUGGUCGUGCAGGUCAGUGCUGGUCGUGCAGGUCAGUGCUGGUAGUCCUGGUCAGUGCUGGUCAUCCUGGUCAGUGCUGAUCGUGCUGGUCAGUGCUGGUCAUCCGGGUCAGUGCUGAUCGUGCAGGUCAAUGCUGGUCAGUGGUGGUAGUCCUGGUCAGUGCUGGUCAUCCGGGUCAGUGCUGAUCGUGCAGGUCAAUGCUGGUCAGUGCUGGUAGUCCUGGUCAGUGCUGGUAGUCCUGGUCAGUGCUGGUAGUCCUGGUCAGUGCUGAUCAUGCUGGUCAGUGCUGAUCGUCCUGGUCAGUGCUGGUAGUCCUGGUCAGUGCUGGUAGUCCUGGUCAGUGCUGGUAGUCCUGGUCAUGCUGGUCAGUGCUGGUCAGUAAACCUGACAGUGGUGUUGCAGGGCCUAAGGAACAAUUGAGAAAGAAAGUAAGUGAGACCUUUCAGUCUGGAGAAGGUUAUAAAGCCGUUCCUAAAGCUUUGGGUCUCCAGUGAACCACAGUGAGAGCCGUUAUACACACAUGGGGAAAACAUGGAACAUGGUGAACCUUCACAGUCUCCGGCCGACCAAAAUUACCCCAAGAGCAGCGACGACUCAUCCAAGAUGUCACCAAAGACCCCACAAUAACAUCCAAAGAACUGCAGGUCUCACUUGCCUCAGUUAUUAAGGUCAGAGUUCAUGACUCCACCAUAAGAAAGAGACUGGGCAUAAAUGGCCUGCAUGGCAGAGUUCUGCUGCUGAGCAAAAGAACAAAGGCAAAACACAAUCCUCAAGACUUUUGGGAAAAUACUCUGUGGACUGAUGAGACAAAACAUUUUGGAUGGUGUGUGUCCCGUUACAUCUGGUGUAAAAGUAACAGCACACGUCAGAAAGAGAACAUCACACCAACAGUAAAACAUGGUGGUGGUAGUGUGAUGGUCUGGGGCUGUUUUACUGCUUCAGGACCUGGAAGACUUGCUGUGAUAAACAGAACCAUGGAUUCUGCUCUCUACCAAAAGAUCCUGAAGGACAAAGUGUGGUCAUCUGUUAGUGACCUCAAGCUGAAGUGAACUUGGGUUCUGAUCCAAAACACACCAGUAAGUCCACCUCUGAACGGCUGAAGACAAACAAAAUGAAGGUGUGGCAGGACCUUAAAAAGGGUUCAUGCUAAAAACCCUCCAAUGUGGCUGAGUUACAACAAUCCUGUAAAGAUGAGAGGACCGAAAUCCCCCCACAGCCUCAGCUGUAACACUCACUGCUUUGAUGGAGAAUGAGAAUCUGAGUUUUGUGAAACCUACAUGGAUCUUUGCUAUUAAUGAUAAGCAGAAGAUGUUACCCUAUCAACCCUACACUGUAGUCCCCUAACCCCCCCCCCCCCCCCUGA